GGCUGGUUGACUAAAGGCUCCCUUUUCAGGCUGCCCUGGCCCCAUCAAUCGGACAGCCCCAACAGGACCCCACAGUCCAAGAGCAAGAUGACGACCCCAAGAAAUUCAAUCAGUGGAACAUUCCUGGCUGAUUCCAUAAAAGGCACCAGCAUCAUGCAGCCAGGCCAAAAGGUCAUCCUCAGGAGAGGGUCCCAGGUACAAAGUCCCACCUCACAAAGUUUCUUCAGGAGACAGUCCAAAGCUCUUGGGGCUGUCCAGAUCAUGAUCGGCCUGUUCCACUUCGGACUAGGGGGGAUUCUGCUGAUGGUCCCUGUGGGCCCAUAUGCCCCAAUCUGUGUGGCAGUGUGGUACCCUUUCUGGGGAGGCAUUAUCUACAUUACCUCUGGAUCUUUCGUGGUGGCAUCAGAGAAAACUUCCAGAAGUUGCCUGGUCAACACAAAGCUAGGAAUGAAUGCAAUAAGCCUGUUCUCUUCCAUCUCUGGCCUAAUUCUUUUGAUUAUGGACAUAUUUAAUCUUACUGUCUCCCAUUUUCUAAAACUGAAAAGUCUGAAUCUUGGUCAAACAGCCAAACCAUAUGUCAACAUAUACAACUGUGAGGAACAUGAGCCAUCAGAGCAAAGCUCUCCCUUGCAACAGUACUGCCUCUGUCUGAAGUCCCUCUAUUUGGGAAUUUUGGCUGUCAUGCUGAUUUUUACUUUUCUCCAGAACUGCUUGGUAGCAUGCAUCACAGAAAAUGAAUGGCAAACUCUGUGCUAUGGUGCCCAAACAAGUGUGAUUCUCCUCUCCACAGAAGAAAGGAAGGAGCAGGUAGUCCAGCUAACUGUGGUGCCCUCUCAGCCAAAGGAAGAGGACGAUCUGGAAACUCUUCCAGCUCAAGAAGAAGAGAAAGAAGCCAACUUUCCAGACCCUCCCCAGGAAAGCACCCCAACAGAGGAUGCCAGCUCCUCUUGAGUAUUGUUGUUGAACACCUCAAGGCAUCUGUCUGACUCUUCCUCCUUGCUAUCCUUCUCCACAUCUGUCCCACCUCUCUAUGUCUCCUUCUGGCUUUUUUUUUUUUUGUGGGGAAUCUUGAACAUUUUUCUAUUUCCCAGCAAGUAGUAGAUUGUAGCAAAUUCUGCCUUUGUGUUCUUAAAUGAAAGACAACAGGAAGAGAAUAA